CUAAUGUGCCUUAUGAAUGACAACAUGCAAACUCUAUCGAAUAAGUGGGGCCGAUUGAGAAUACUUACUUUGCACAUUUCCAUUGGAAACCACUCUCUCAUCAAAUAUAGGCCUGUAUCAUUUCCAAGCUUUAAUGUCUACCCAGAAUCCAAGAAGACGGACGAUAACCGGUCAAUAAAAAUUCGGGGGAAAUACAAAAUAGGACGACGGUGAUGAAACCAAGCAUAGUUACUUUUGCCUGUUUAAUUUCAUUGAUUGAAAUGGAAGAAGUUCGUAUUUCAAUUAAACUUUCCAAUCAACAACCGGUGAAGUCAACGUAUGAAAAAGUUAUCUACACAGAACAACUAAACAAUCCACUUAAAUCUUUAAAAGUGGUUACAAACAGCCGAUGCGCAGCAGUCUGUACAGCGACAAAGGAAUGCAGAUCGUACAAUUUAAGGAAAAUAGAUGACGACAAAUACAAUGCUGUUUGUGAAUUAAAUGGGCCCAGCACAUCUCCCCCGACUCCAACAUCUGAUGAAGUAAUCUAUUUCGAAAAACCAGACUAUAUAUACUACAUGCCGAUGGAUUGGAUACGAGAUGAUAUUGUGGAGGGCGAGAGUCUCGAUGGUAGAAUUUACAACAACGCUAUUCUCGAUGUGGGACAGGUCGACCAAGGAAUAUAUUUAAAUGGACUUGAUCAAUGGGUUGAUCUUGGAAAUCAUCGACACGAAUGCUUUGGUGAUUUACAGCUUUGUCCAAAUGGUUAUACACUUUCUAUUUGGCUUUAUAUCGGACCAAAGGUGGCCAAUGAGAUGUAUUAUUUCUCCAGCGGUGGACAGACCGGAUAUUCGUUCGGCGUAGCACUACGUUGGUUAUCGGGAGACUUAAGUUCGUGGUUUAGCACCAGGGAUGAAAUUUGGAAAGUGAGCCAUCCAGGGGAAAAGGGAGUAUGGCAGCACAUUGUGCUAACGUGGAAGCAGGUUGAAGGGCUCUCGCUAUGGAUAAACUGUACGAACGUUGAAACGGAUACAGUGUCGGACACGAGGAAUGUACAAACCACCCAAUGGAACAAUAUUGUGUUAGGAAGACCGAACAAUAAUUUUGGAUAUUAUGGAGAGGCUAUCUUUGAUGAACUUAUCUUCUGGGAUAAGAAACUCGAGGAUGAGAGGAUCGAGGACCUCUGUGUGGCAUAUGACACCGAUCGAUAUUCAACUCCUCGUUGCCCUUAAAAGAUGUUGCCAUUUGCUUUGUAGAGCCUAUGAAACCUAAUUCAGGCAAUAGUAAGAACGAGCUGUUUACCUUUCGUUAUGGAAGUACUUUUAAAUAUAAUUACCAUUUGGAUAACUUAAAGUAUGAUAUUGUGCUAUUUGGAAGUAAUUGCAAUAGUAUGAAAUAAAAAAUAAAAAAAUGAUGAAAUAAUAGUGUUUUGUAUUUUGCAGGUUGAGUGUUAAAUUAAUAUUCAUUCGUGGUAGUCAUAUUUUGAUCAUGAUAAAACUCAUAGGAAUUAAGUCGACAGAAAUAUAGCAAUAGUGAUCUGUCUAAAAUGAGAUUUGUUGCUAGUGUAGUGUAGUGUAGUGUAGUGUAGUGGUUUCAUUCGAGUUAGCCAUAUUUUGAUCAUGAUAAAAUACAUGGGAAUUAAGUCGACAGAAAGAUAGCAGUAGUGAUCUGUCUAAAAUGAGAUUUGUUGCUAGUGUAGUG